CCACAUAUCUCCUUAUACCACUCUUCUGUUUUCUAUCUUGGCUCCCCUUUGUGUGUUGUGUGUGGUUGGAGUCGUCCUUGCUGCUGCCGCUCGAGCAAGCUAAGUCGUGCAACUGGACAGGUAUCCAUCCUGACAUGGGCAUCCCAGCCAGCCCAUAAAAAUGCAUACAUGAUGCGGAAGGAAUGAAACUCAAACCUCUAUCCGAUGUUCGAUCCUCAGUUGGUUCACCUCUUCUCUGGCCCAAAGUAUUGGUGGUCUGCUAGUUCUCAAGAAAAGUCUCUCACCUUCGCUUCAAUGGCGUGACUGCCUUCUCGCUACCGAUACUCUCCUCUUCCGGAUCCCACAUGGUCUCUCACGCAUCCCUCUAUUCGCAGCUAUUGUUGUUACUAUCAAAAUGAGUGGGAAGGUUGAACGGAUAUCAAGAACCAAAGAAGGAAGCACAGACUAACUCCCCGAACUGUGAACAAGCCCCCGUCACUACCCGACACGCCAUUAUGCCCUUACGAUCCCUCUCCACGGUCCCUAAGCCACUCUUCAACAGCGACCAGUUGUAAAACGAGGAAGAAUCCUGUUUCUUCCCGCGGCUUCGCGACGCUACUUGUGGGCCGUCAGGCGACUUGAGUGGGUAAAAUGAGCGACGGAACGAGGGACCGCCGCCCACUUGUAUUGUUCCAAACUCGUUUCCUCAUGCUCGGUAACAUAUCGCGCAAGACACUGUGCGCGCCUAUUCCCUGAUGAAAUGCUCGGCGUUAAGAACCUCCUGACAUGCAAGUUGACAAUGACUCGGUGACGAUGGACACUACCAACACGUAAGGAUACGAUGUGCCCGACUCUUUUCCACGGUUAAAAGGCAAUCAAUCCUUUGCGCAAACCCUCUUUGGGAAGCUCUAGCAGUUCUCAUUUCCAUCCUUAAGCUCGAACCUUCCAAAAACCCCUACAUACCUUCAUUGCUACUGCUGCUGUUACUUACUCACAACUAGUUGUACUAUCUCUGCCGUUAUCCCCCAUAGGCUCGUAGACAUCUCCGCCAGAGUUCAUCUAUUCUUCUCCACAGCUUCUCUACUUCUAAACCUUCAAACACGGGCGGCGCCCGUUCGUUGGCCGGCCACUUAUUGCUCAACAGAGGAUCUGUCUGGUCUGUUACUCUCAUUGCUUUACAUCCAUCUACACAACAACUCUAAGCCACCGUCGCCAAAAUGGAUGCAACCAUCCCUCCGGAAGUGUACGGCGACGACAAGAGAACAACGGUUGUUGGGUCUGUGGUUUUCUGUAUUCUUUUCACGACUGUGAUGGUUGGCUUGAGAAUAUACACGAGAACAAAAAUCAUUCGUUCGUACGGCGUUGACGAUUAUCUGGCCGUCGCUGCCCUUCUGGCCACGACGGGCUGCGGUAUCGCCAUAGCCCUAAUGACAACACACGGCCUUGGAAGGCACAUUGUCCUUCUCACCCCAGCAGACAUCACGGAGUACAUGAAAUCAUUUUACAUAUCGAUAGUGUUUUACAACAUUGCCCUCCUUUGCAUCAAACUAUCCUUCCUCUGCCAGUUUUACCGAGUAAUGGCGGUGCCAAGAAUGCGCAGGGUCUAUGCCACCGCCCUGCUCAUUGUGGGCGCCUGGUCGACCUCCCAACUGUUCAUAUCCGCACUCCAAUGUAUACCGGUAUCCGGCUUCUGGGACAAGGGGGUGGAAUCGAAGUGUAUUCCGAACCAGCCUCAAUGGUACAUCAACGCCGCAGGCAACAUCAUCACCGAUGUCGCCGUUUUCGCAUUACCGAUGCCCAUAUUCUGGCACCUCAGCCUGCCGCGGAAGCAAAAGAUACUCCUCAUAGGCAUAUUCAGCCUGGGAUUCUUCACCGUCGCCAUAUCAAUAGUGCGUAUACGGUUUUUGAACAUACCCGCCGACUUCACCUGGGCCAACGUCGAUGCCUCCCUUUGGUCCAUCGGCGAAAUCUCGUCGGCCGUGACAUGCGCCUGUCUGCCGACUCUUCGGCCGCUCUUGACAAAGUUGUUCCCUGGGCUCAUGAGCAGGGUGAACCUCUCAUCUGCUCCCAGCCACCAGACCGAGACGCGACGAGGCCAGCCAACGCGGGCGUACUCAAGCCUCCCUAAGCCGAGGAAUUUAGAGAAGGGCACCGCCGACUGGGGAAUAUCCGGCGUGAAGUCGAGCCAUCUCGGAGAUGACGAUGCGUCGAUUGCCUCUGAUCCACCAUAUCAGCACCACGCCAAUGAGUCGGGCGAGACCAUUUUCGGUUUGGCUAGCGUACGCGAGGAGACUGUCGCCCAUAUGAAGUCCAACUAUAGCCCCCCGAGUUCGCCGCCAAUGUGGAAUCUUUCAAGUUCCAGCCAGUCGUCCCAAGUCCGGAGAGAAGGGACACCGUUCUAAGAUGCUACCGAAAACGAGCUAGAGAAGUACGUCAAUGCUUGUGCUCUCUGUGUUUCCCAUCCAUGGCCCCCCUUCCUCGCACCCUA